AUGUGUCUCACCUGGCUCGGGGAAGGUGCCCACCUCCCUCCCCAGCCCUGUGGGGUAGGAUCUGUCCUAGCAGAGGACUGGCUGUGUCUGAGCCAGUUGGGGCUGUUGGGGUCCAGGGAAACAGGGCUCGCAGCUUCUCACAGCUCUGCUCUCUUCCCAGGCACCACCUGCGUCCUCGUGUCCUUCCCCUUCAUCUUCAACCCCUGCCUGGGUUGCAAGGAGAACACGCCGGAGUGGGCAGCCUUUAUCUACUACCUCCCCUUCAUCAUCAUCUUCCAGUUCGGCUGGGCAGCCACACAGAUCUCCCACCUAUCCCUCAUCCCUGAGCUGGUGACCACUGAACAUGAGAAGGUGGAGCUCACAGCUUUCAGGUAUGCCUUUACUGUCAUGGCCAAUAUCACAGUCUAUGGCCUGGCCUGGCUCCUGCUGAACUUCCAGGUGGACCAACCUGACCGCACAGAGCACCUAGGCAUCCAGGAUGUCCCUAUAUUUCGGAACCUGUCCCUCAUUGUGAUGGGGCUGGGGGCCGUGUUCUCCCUCAUCUUCCACCUGGGCACCAAAGAGAAGCCAUACCCGCCGGGCUCACUGCCCCAGCUGGAGGAGGGCACACCCCUGCUGCAGAAGGAGCCUACGAGCCCCCCACGCCCACUGCUGAUCUGGAAAGACUGGCUGCUGGAGCCUGCCUUCUACCAGGUUGCGGUGCUCUACAUGUCCACCCGGCUCAUCAUCAACCUGUCCCAGACCUACAUCGCCAUGUACCUGACCAACUCACUGCUGCUGCCCAAGAAGUACAUUGCCACCAUCCCCCUGGUGAUGUACAUCAGUGGCUUCCUCUCCUCCUUCCUCAUGAAGCCUGUGAAUAAGUGGAUAGGUCGAAAUUUGACCUACUUCGUGGGCAUCCUGGUGGUCUUGGCCUUUGCCUCCUGGGUGACCCUGGCCAGGCAGAUGGGAGCAGAGAUCUACGGGGCGGCCGUGCUCCUUGGGGCUGGCUCUGCCACUAUCUUGGUCACCUCCCUCUCCAUGACAGCAGACCUCAUCGGCACCAACACGCACAGCGGCGCGUUCGUCUACGGCGCCAUGAGCUUCACCGACAAGAUGGCCAAUGGCCUGGCUGUGAUGGCGAUCCAGAACUUGCAUCCAUGCCCGACCGAGCUCUGCUGCCCUGCCUGCAUCAGCUUCUACCACUGGGUGAUGGUGUUGGUCACUGGAGGCAUUGCCAUUGCUGCUAUCACCUCUCUGUGCUGCAUCAUGGUCUGGCCCAUCCGUAUCCGCUACCAUGCUGUCUGCCUGCAGGGGCUGAGCGAAGCGGAGACCCCCUACGGCGGGACGGAGAGUGUCGAGGGAAUGAGCCAGCACAGCACCAUUAACUGAGCCAGGCCCGUGUCCUCGGCCACCGUGGUGUCCACGCCACUGAGCUCUGCCUGGAGGGACCCCCGUGGCGGGGGGAUGGCGCUGGGACGGGGGUGCUGGGCUGGGGGUGGGGGGUGGCCCCCUGCCC